ACCGAUCAAGGCCCUAAGGUUGCACUUUGGCCCCUGCCAACCGUCCGUCCUCUCAGUGACCUCGUGUCAUUGCCGAGAAGACAGGCCUCCAUGCGCGGGGGGUAGGAGAGUACCCCGAACCCCUACAGGUGUGCGGCGGAUCGUGGGCCUAGAACCUUCUAACUCUGCCGCUUUUCGCUCCCCGCCGGCCCUUCCACUAUGCCCGCGGGCGUGUCCUGGCCCAGUUAUCUGAAAAUGGUGGCGGCCAGCCUCCUGACCAUGUGCGCCGGUGCCCAAGUGGUGCACAGGUACUACCGGCCCGACCCGACAAGACCUGCAAUUCCACCAAAGCCUGGAGAACUCAAGACAGAGCUACUGGGACUGAAAGAGAGACAACACAAACCUCAGGUCGCAGAGCAAUAAAAACUGUGGAAAUCAAUGAUGCCAAGAAUUUUGUGAAUGGAAGUC